GCAGAUGUCCGUGCGUGUGCUGCCACUAAAGUUGAACUGUUCGUAUAAGAAAGUUAUCUCAUUUCACAUUCUUACGUAUUAGUACUUGUAAGUAAGGAAUUUUGUGAUGAAAACGAAGGAACCACAGGCGUGUGAUGUGACGGGGAAUCGCUUUCGUAUACUUAUAAUAUUGCUAAGAACAGGAAGUGUCCCAGUCUACAUGAGGAACCCAUCACUACUGAUUUCCGUCUACAAUGUAUUGUCGGUACUCCAUGCUAUAGCUCUGUAUAUCGCGUUCUGUAUGGAUAUUAUCGUACACAGAAACGAUUUGAAGAAUUUUAUGAAGGCUUUCAGAUUGUUGAAUUCAGCUACAUUAAUAUUGUGGAAUUAUUUCAGUCUAAGAUGGCGUUUACAUGAUUUUGAGCGUCUGCUUCGUCUCACGGAAUCCUUCACAUGGGAAGACCAGCCGACCAGAGAUCCUCACACCGGACACCAUACACUAGCGGGAUGGAUACCUCACCUUCAGAAAUUAUGGAUGUACAUACUUGGAUUCUCAUAUUUUUUUCACAUACUACAAUCAGGAGUACGGAUGUUGGUAUAUCAUGAAUUAAUGUUCCCAGCCUGGUACCCUUUCGACACUGUCAACAGUCCAGGGUACGAACUCGCAAUUUUCAUGCAGACAUUCGCCACACCCAUUUACAUGACAAAUUCUUUCAGUUUCCCACUCUUAUAUGCUACGGUGGUUAUGGUCGCGUGCAGUCAGCUGCAGAAGCUCAGAACGAACCUCUUGGACAUAAAACAAGAACUGGUUCCAUCAGGAGCUGACUCUGGCAGUGAUGGGGGAGAAGAGUCAGUUUCCCACUCCGAGGACGGGUUCUGCCGCAUGCAGACGCAACUGAACGAGUGCGUUCGGCACCAUCAAGCCAUACUGCAGUAUAUGAGAGCAUUAGAAGAUACAAUAAACUUCACGUUGUGUGGUGCGUUUCUAAUAAUGCUUGCUGCACUCUGCUUUGUUUCGUUCUCUGCAGUCACGACUUGGGACGGAACUCACGCUACAGGUAUGUGGAAACUGUAA